CUGAACUUGGCUACCCUGAGCUGUAUUUUCGAAGACUGAGCGCCUUUCUUUUGGUCAUCCCGGAAUCCAAAUUUAGUCCAUCCAUCCAUCCAUUUUUGGUGUCCGCUUCACUUUUCCGACUUGUCAACAACCCCCACUCCAUCCAUCCAGCCAUUGAUUGACCAUGAGUAAACGGCCGUCGCCGUCUCACUCCUCGGAUCCAGCCAUCCCAGCCACCUCUCAGUCCGCCCGCCGUUCCUCCAAGUUCCGUCGUAUCACUCACACCCAAGAGAACGGACCCGUGGGGCAUACCGCCUCGCCACACCAGUCCCCUCCACCCCAUCGCUUGAAAUGGAAGGCCGAAGCGGGCACCAUUCUCCGCGUUUCGCUCAAGAACUUCAUGUGUCACGCCUCGUUUACGUAUCGCCCGCAGCCUCGCCUCAAUUUCCUGAGCGGGGUUAAUGGUAGCGGCAAAUCCGCCGUCCUGACUGCCAUCACUUUUGCCUUGGGCGGUACGGCUCGCACGGCUAAUCGUGGGACCAGUACCAAGUCAUUUGUGCGGACAGGAGCCACCGCCGCCACGGUCGAGCUGACCUUGAGCAAUCAAGGCGAGUACGGCUAUCGUUCGGAUUUAUACGGGACUGAGCUCACCAUUGUCCGGCAUGUGACCUCGGGCGGCACGGGGGGGUAUAAAUUGAAGAAUUUUCAAGGCCAGAUUGUCGUGGAUAAACGGGUGCGCGAGGAGCUGGAUCGGAUUUUGCUCUCCUUUCGGAUUGAAGUUGAUAAUCCGAUUGGUAUUUUGCAUCAGGAUGCUGCCAAGACAUUUUUGUUUCAGUGUCAUCCCCACAAGUUGUAUGAGUUCUUCAUGCGGGCUACGCAAUUGGAGAAGUGUAAGGCUGAUUAUUUUGAAGCGGCAGCGGAAAGAGAGUUUUCGGCCAGUAUUCUCCAAGAAAAAGUCGAAGCGUUACCGUCUUUGCAAGCGGAAAAGUUGAAAUGGGAACAAAAGCUUCAGCUCGUCGAGGAUAUCGCUUCUCGAGAUAAUUCAUUACAAGAGAAAAAGGUUGCACUUGCUUGGUCUGUGGCCAAAGAGGCCGAAGCCGCCUUGAAUGUGGCCUUGAUGAAUGUUCAAAAGAUGGAGAUCAAAGCGCACAAAGCGGAGCAACUGUCACAAGAACAAGUCACCGAGCAGAAAAAAUUGAAGAAAGAGAAGAUCGAGAUUGAGAAGCAGAUUCAAGAAUUGGCCAAAGCCAAGAAUGAGCGGGAUCGAGCCAUGCAAGAGCUAAGGAAAGUGUUCCAGAAGGAAAAAGAGGCUGAAAACCUGCAGAAAAAGUCCUGCCAUGAGCUCGAGAGUCAAAUAGAAACCAAGAAGAGCGACAUAUCAAGUUUGGAAGAUGAGAUCACUCGAUUGAAGGCCGAAGGGGAUGCCGAAUUUGUCAAGAUCGUCAAUGAGCGUACGCGACGGAUUGAGACCCUCGCUCAACAGGUAUCCACGUGGCACGAUCAAGUCAAGGCCACCGAAGGCCAUCUCUUCAAUCAAGUGAACAAUCAAGAAAGGCUCCAAGGUCAAUUGCUUGAAGCCAAGGCCGUGAGCAGUAACAAAAAUCGUUCCUUGGAGGUCAAAGAAAAGGAGCUGAAACAGAUGCGCGAGUCCGGAAACAGUAAGCUUUUGGCCUUGGGUUCUAACAUGCCGACUUUAAUUGGUAUGAUUCAACGUUCCAAAUCCAAAUUUGGACAAAUGCCCGUAGGACCGUUGGGAUCCAUGAUCAAUUUUAAGCCGGAAGUGUCCGAUGAAGUGAAGAUCAUUGUAGAAAACGAGCUCCGGACAUUAUUUUCGGCUUUUGUUGUCAACAGUUUUAAAGACAAGACCAUUCUACAAGCCCUCAUGAAAUCAGCAAAAGUGCAAGGUCAAGUUAUUACGACUAAAUUCAUGCCUGAAAAAUACGAGCUUACUCAUGGGUCUUGCCAGCAUGAUAAACAUCGUAACUUACUCUCAUUUCUUGACAUUCCCAACGCUGUGGCCUUCAAUGUCGUUGUAGAUCAACGAAGAUUGGAGCAAAUCCUGCUUUUUGAGCAUGAUUGUGAGGCCCAACAACUCCUCAAGCUCCCCCGCACGGUUCCCAAGAAUUGUCUUUACGGGUUGACGAUGAGCAAGAAUCAAUUCUUCCCUGCUCCUGCCUACCGCACCUAUGUUGUUUCAGGUCAUAUGAACCGACCUUUCCUACAAUGUGAUAGCAAGGACUUCAUCAAAGCCAUGGAAAACGAUAUCGAAGGUUUGAUAAAGGAAUCCCGUCAUGCUCAGACUGUGCUCUCAGACUUGCAAUCCGAAGUCAAAAAAGGCGACAUUGAAAGGAAAAGAAAUGAGAAGAUCAUCAAUGACUUGAAGUGCAAAAUCAAGGCUAAGAACAUGGAACUGAGCCAGUUGAAAACCGAGGCCGAGACUGAACAAGCACCCGACAUAUCAGCCUUGGAAGAAGACCGUGAUAGAUUCCAAUCAGAAUUGAAGGAACUCGAGAAGCAACUCCAGACUGAGGAAACCAAAUUGGAGGAACUGAAACAGUUGUCGGGAGUAGCCAAAGCAAAUCUCGUUCAAAAACGAGAUGAAACUGAUGUUUUUGGCGGUGUCGAUGACUUGAGCGAAAAAUUGGGCCAAGUAGAAGAAACCAUUCGCAAGACUGAACGAGACAAGGCCUAUUAUAAGAAGAAAUAUGAGGAUUACACCACCCAAGUUCGAGCUGUGGAUAAAGAAGCCGACCAAUUAAAAGCCAAAUACAAUGAGCUCGUCACCAUCGCUCAAAAAUGUGCCCCUGAACCCGAUCAUCCCCUUGACAAGCCCGACAAGUUGAGGCGUGAGGUUGCCACCUUGAAGAACAACCUAAGCCAACAAAAAGCCGCCAUUGAACCGAAAGAAGUGGUCGUGGAAUACAUGAAUAAACACCACAAACUCCUAGAGGAUGCUCAAACCAUGGUGAACACCAUUGAAACAAGUGUGUCUAAACUCGAGAAAAUGCUUGUCAUGCGAAAGAAGGGAUUCGAGAAGAUUCGCUUGUCGAUCAUUCGCCGAGUCAAGAACUACUUCAAUGUGCGUCUCGCCGCAAGGAAAUACACUGGAGAAAUCAUCUUCGAUAUCGAGGCCCAGACCAUGGAAUUGAUAGUCUGUCCGGAUGGAGCCGAUCCCGCCGUUGCCAAGAGAAGCAUGAAAACUUUGUCGGGUGGAGAGAAGAGCUACUCGACGAUCUCGUUAGUGUUGUCUCUGUGGGACGUGAUGAGUCCGCCGUUUAGAAUCCUGGAUGAAUUUGACGUCUUUAUGGACAUGCUCAAUCGACGAGCUGCGUUGCAACAGAUCGUGGAGUAUGCCAAGAUGAAGAGGCAGUAUCAGUACAUCUUUUUGACGCCAUUGAACACGGAUAACAUCACAGUGGAUGAAGACCUGAGUAUCAUUCGUUUGGAGAAAAGCCAAGACUGAUCAAGUUUUUGCCUUGGAAGAGUUCAGAUUCAUUGUCUUAAUAUCGGUUCUCGCGGAGGAAUGAUAGAACAUUGUUGGUUAUUGUUGCAA